CAGGAGGAUCCGGUUUCGUAAAGAUGUGUGCGGACCUGAGCCGAACCCAGCGAAACCUGCUGGUCUGUGAGAGGUCCAGUUUCCUGGACGAAAAGAACCGCGUCAGUUCCCAGAUGGAGCAGCUGCGCUUCAACUACAAGGUAUCCGUGCUGCUCCCUGAGUGUGGCUCCGCCCCCUCUCACCUGGAGUCCAUCCUGAACAGCUUCAGCAGCUUCUACCUGGUCAAGCAGCUGCCAUUAUAUGAGCUGCUGGACAAAGACUUCCUGCAGAGCGCCGUGUACCAAGGCAGCGUGUACGGUCUGUCCUUCAGAACUCGGAUCGACGAGGACAACUGCGUCGCUCUGUUGCCAAACGGUCACCUGGUGUUUUCUCUGGAUAAGGACGCCUUCGAGACGCUGGGCCUUGAGGGCCGACCUUCCAGAUCCAACAGAACCAGCAGCAGAUACGAGGUCACGGUGGACCUGAGGGAUGGCAGCAUGGCCCCUGGUGGGCGGGGCUACCUGAGGCUCCGCCGAGCUCUGACGUCACACCUGAAGCUGCAGAUGGAUUUCCUGAUCUCGCAUCAUCCGGGAGGCGGGGCCUCGCUGCGGCCCCUCCUAUCUCGCUGCGAUUGGUCGGAACACAGACCGGAGGUCGGCCGGCGCGGCCUGAGCCGCCUGGUCCGCCCUGCCCUGCGGUCGUGUGACCCCCACGACCUCCUGGAGUGGAUCGGCGCCGUGGACGCCGCCGUCAGCCGUGAGAAUUCAUCCAGUGACUUCCUGUCUACGCUCACCUGUCUGGAACCGGAGGCGACCGUCAGCCGGGCGAUGAGCGUGUCGACCUGCGGCCUGUUGCUGCCACAGGACCUGCAGCACCUGGUGGAGGAGCUGAGGUGUUACCUGCAGCAGGCCCAGACGGACUCCUGGGCUUCUGUGACGGUUCACGGCUUCACCGACAGUCCGGUGUCCUGGGGCGACGGCGAGCGCGACAUCCUGACCGGAGGUCACGACCUCUACAACUUGCUGAUGUUCCCCGACCAUACAUACCGCCUACACCUGGCCGCUGGGGCACAGAAGACCUGCCCGCCCUGAUGGACUUCCCUGCCUCCUCCUCCGCCGUCCAGCAGGGCUUCAGAUGGUCCCUAACGCCCCAGAUUCUGACGGCUUGUUCUGAUCUGUACUGGAACCAACUGGGUCAGGAUCUGAGGUUGGCAGCGAUUCACUGGGAAGAGAACAGUGGACUCGUGUUCCGAACCGUCGGGUUCCCUUCGGACAUCAGUGUUUGUUUCAUCUGCAGCUCUUUAAAUAAAUGUAUCUAAGUUCUGCUGCUUUGUGUCUAUCAUCAUGGAAAGGGGUCUCCCAACCGGAUCCUCAGGGGCUCUGUCCUCCAUGUUGCGGCGGUCCUGGCGGUUCCCUUCUGUUGAAGCUCCAAAGUCCACCUUGUUGCAGCAAACAUAAAGGGGCGGGACGGACCACUCGGUCUCACCUCGUGGGAAGGGAACCAUUGACCCCGGAAGUGAAGGGGUCAAAUAGGGUAUUUUAUUGUCUUUGAAAGUCUGUGAUAUGUUUUCACCUUUAGGAAGGAGUUUCACUCUCAGUAUGUUUUUGAACUUCUCUCUCUCAUUUACUUCAGCGCAGCUCAGUUUUUAAAAAUUCUCUAGAUUUUAGUUUACUUCUAAAUUUGCUCCAUAGUCGCAUGUUUUCGGGCCUACUGCUGCCUCUAGUGGCGUGGGGUGGUACCACAACUAAUAUAAUUACUAAAUCAGAACGCCACAAAGUCUUUAUUGCUUAUUAUUAAUUCUGGCAUCACUGGAACAGUAAAAGAUAAAGUCCCUCACAAAAGAACAUACCUUUUCAUUUUCUUAAGGAAGUAGAGCUAAUUCAAUGAGACAAACAAGACCUGAGUGGCUCCAGUUUCUCUGGAUGGCCAACCUGUUGAAASUGGCUAAAUUCCUCUGGCCGUUCCUGGACAGUCAGCUCAGCUUUGAUGAAAACACCGACUACAUCUCUAAGAACCGUUCUCAGAGACUCCACCUUUUMAUCAGACCUGGGGUUACCCAGCCUGAGGUGGUUGAGUUCAAAGGUUAAAACAUUUUAACUGGAGUUUUAACUUUUCAUCUCCUCGGCUGCUUUGGUCACAUGAGCAACAAACUAAGAAUAGUUUGAAUGGCAGGAAUAACAGCAGGGGGUGAAACCAGAAACAUCUCUGUCUCAACUGUUUGCUGAAAGAACCUGGAAGAUGGCAGGAAUAUUUCAGCAGAUCGUCCAUCCUCUGUCCAGCAGUUUGACCUCUGACCUCAUGAAGGUGUUACUGUUUCCUCUGGCAAUAAGAACAUCGAUUAGACGUCAUUUAUUGACGGGGCAAUAAUUAUUCUAAACCAAACUAAAUGACAUUUACCUAUAACCUGUUAAGUGUUUUACUCUAUUCACAUAUUGUUGAUAAUGUGAUUCAUGAAUAUGAUUUAUUGAUUUAGUCGAAGGAAAAUUUCCACGUUGAUAGACUAAAGUUUAAUCUUAUUUUUUUAUAUAUAUAUAAGACUCUACCAACAAAAAGUCUCUCAGAAUGACAUACAUGGCACCAUGAAAACAAAAAUGUGAAUUUUUGCUUGUGUCUUUAUAACAACCCUGUUUGUAAUUCUUCUGUUAACCUGAUUAAUUAGUUAUUGACUUUUGCUCAAUUAAAUUAUGUAUACAUUGCAAA